AUGGUUAAUCCUGUUGGAUCCUCGAAAUUGGAACAAAACAAUAUAAAAAGCAUUAUAGGAUCAUCGUACAAUCGACUAUACAGCCAAUUUACUUCUGAUGAGUUGACAGAAGUGGGAAACUACAAGAUUUUAAAACAAAUAGGUGAAGGAAGUUUUGGAAAAGUAUAUUUAGCGCUCCAUAGACCAACACAUCGUAAAGUCUGCCUAAAGACGAGUGAUAAGAAUGAUCCCAAUAUCGUUAGAGAGGUAUUUUACCAUAGACAGUUCGAUUUUCCUUAUAUUACAAAGCUUUAUGAAGUGAUAGUGACAGAAUCAAAAGUGUGGAUGGCAUUAGAAUAUUGCCCAGGGAAGGAAUUAUAUGACCACUUACUUUCUCUGCGUAGAAUAUCGUUAUUGGAAUGCGGAGAGUUGUUUGCACAAAUUUCAGGUGCUGUUUACUAUGCACACUCAAUGCAUUGUGUUCAUAGAGAUUUGAAGUUAGAGAAUAUUUUAUUAGACAAAAAUGGAAAUGCAAAAUUGACGGAUUUUGGUUUUACGAGAGAAUGUAUGACAAAGACGACAUUAGAAACGGUUUGCGGUACCACAGUUUAUAUGGCACCUGAAUUGAUAGAAAGAAGGACUUAUGAUGGAUUCAAGAUUGAUAUAUGGUCAUUGGGAGUGAUACUAUACACAUUAAUUACGGGAUAUUUGCCAUUUGAUGAUGACGAUGAGGCUAAAACGAAAUGGAAAAUCGUCAAUGAAGAACCGAAAUACGAUGCUAAAGUUAUUCCGGACGAUGCUAGGGAUUUGAUCUCACGAUUAUUGGCUAAAAAUCCGGGAGAGCGCCCAUCGUUGUCACAAGUUUUACGCCACCCUUUUUUACAGCCUUACGGUUCAGUGGUUUUAGAUCAGACUCAGAAAAUUUUGUGCAGACAGCGCAGUGGAGGGACUCAGUUUAAAAGUAAAUUAGAAAGGCGAUUGCUGAAGCGUCUUAAACAAUCAGGGGUUGAUACGCAAGCAAUAAAACAAUCAAUUUUGAAAAAAAAGUGCGAUUCACUCUCGGGUCUAUGGUUAUUGUUGUUAGCCCAAGGGAAAAAGCAAGAAAAUUGCAAAUAUCCAAAAAGAAGCAGGUCCGUUUUAUCAGUCAAAAAAGUUAUUGAAAGUGCUACGCAUAACGACACUAAUGGCAUUAGCGAAGAUGUUUUGAAACCCUCACUUGAACUUUCUAGAGCUGCUUCAUUGAGUAAAAUGCUCAAUAAAGGCUCAGAUUUUGUAACAUCGAUGACUCCGGUUAGCAGAAAGAAGUCUAAAGAUUCAGCAAAAGUUCUGAAUCCUACUCUCUCUAAAAUAUCCUCACAAAGGGCUUAUAGUCACUCUAUUGCAGGUUCUCCUCGCAAGUCCAAUAAUUUCUUACAAAAAGUUUCUAGUUUUUUCAAGUCAAAAAAAAGCUCUAACAGCAAUAGCAACAAUAGUAUUCACACAAAUGUUAGUGAAAGCUUGAUUGCAAGCAAUAGAGGAGCCCCAUCUUCAGGGUCGUUUCUCAAAAAAAACAGUGGUUCUAUUCAGAAAUCAAGAACUGACACUGUUGCAAAUCCUUCAAGGACGGAGUCUAUAGGAUCGUUAAACGAAAAUGUUGCCGGUGCCAUUGUGCCACGGAGUGCUAAUAAUACUACAUUAGAAAAUAAGAAAACUUCUGGGAAUGAAAUAGGCUUAAAAGUAGCUCCAGAACUAUUAUUAAAUGAACAUAUCCGAAUAGAGGAACCUCGCCUCAAGCGCUUCAAAUCGUCCAUAUCAAGUGAAAUAUCUCAAACUUCUACUGGUAAUUAUGAUAGCGAAUCUGCGGAAAAUUCUAGGUCUAUAUCUUUUGAUGGAAAAGUUUCCCCGCCACCGAUACGAAAUCGGCCAUUGUCAGAGAUAUCGCAAAUUUCUAAUGACACUUAUAUAUCAGAGUACUCCACUGAUGGUAAUAAUUCGUCAUUCAAAAUUUCAGACACUAUCAAGCCGAGCUAUAUACGAAAAGGCUCUGAAACUACCUCGCAGUAUUCAGCUUCAUCCGAAAAAAUGACAAAUGGCUACGGUAGAAAAUUUGUCAGGAGGGAUUUAAGCAUUGUAUCGACUGCGUCGAGCACCUCUGAAAGAAGUUCAAGAACAGAUUCCUUUUACGAUAUCACUACAGCUACACCAGUUGUGACCACUGAUAAUAGGCGCAAUAAAAACAAUAAUCUGAAAGAGUCUGUUUUGCCCAGAUUUGGGACUCAAAGGCCAUGGACUGGCAAAAGGACGUAUACCACGUCCCGCCAUGGCAAGAAUGCUAGGCGUUCGUCUAAAAGAGGUCUGUUCAAAAUAACUUCUUCAAAUACAGACUCUAUUAUUCAAGAAGUAAGCUCAUCAGAAGAAGAAGAUCAUAAUGUUAUCUAUAGCAAGGGAAAGGGUCUUCCAACACCAGUUUUGCAAACUAAAGGAUUAAUAGAAAAUGGGUUGAACGAACGCGAUGAAGAAGGAGAUGACGAGUAUGCAAUUCACACUGACGGAGAAUUUUCUAUCAAACCGCAGUUUUCCGAUGACGUUAUCGACAAACAGAAUCAUUUGCCCAGCGUGAAGGCUGUGGCAACUAAACGUUCGUUGAGCGAAGGAAGUAAUUGGUCUAGUAGCUAUUUGGAUUCGGACAAUAAUCGGCGAAGGGUAUCUUCAUUGCUAGUAGAGGAUGGGGGGAAUCCUACAGCGUAG